GGAAACUCAAAGCUAAAUCUGAGGCCUGUCAGAUUACAAAGAGGAACCCAUGAAGACUGACACAGCCUACACUCAGUAAAAAGUAUUGUUUGCAGGGAAACCCAAGGGAAAACCUUUAUUUAAAAAAAAACAGCUUUUAACACCACAGAGGGAAUGACUGUGGAUGUGGAGAAGAUUAUUCAGUUCAUCAAACAAGGCGACCAAGACAAUGUUCAAAGUCAUCUGGAUGAUUACAACACUGAGAACUCACAAUGCUUCUUUUUUGAUGUGGAAGAAAGGGAGAGAAAAAAGUUCAUCCUCAUCUCAUCUCAUUUAUUCAGUGGAUAUAUAAUACAAGCAUGUUUUCUAUCCUGUUACUUCUCUUUCCUCAUUAUUCUCCAAUGCUUGAACCGAGAACAGCAAAGAGAGCUGGAAGAGUUCCGCAGGAAUAAAGUGAGAGAGUACGUUCCAGACUCUGACUCAGACUGUGACUCUGAUAACAGUGAGGAUCCAGACCUUGUUCUGCGGAGAAGGCUCGCUGCGGCUCUGAUCUGGUUUAUUCGCAUGCGCCUGCAGCCGGGCGUUUUGAGAGUGUGUCUGCGAACUCUGAGGAUCAUCUCACGGGACCGAAAGGCUCUGGCACCCCUGAUUACAGACUAUGCCAUCAUAACUCUCGCUCGGCUCGGGGGCAUCUCUGCCCUGCCAACCUGGCCUGAGGAAGAGGAUGAUCAGUGGGGCUCCUCACACAACGACGUCGCUCCUGAGAACGAGACUGACACACUUCCAGAUAAUGACACCAACACCCAAUGUCCAGCAUGUUGCAGUGAGACAGAUGAUUCAUGUUGUGGCUCUACAGUCUGCGCUGCGUCUUCGGUCAGAGAAGGAGGUCUGCACUUCAGCCCUAUGAAUAAUACAUCUAAUCCCAGAGAAACACAAAACGACCACUGUGAAGAAAGUGUAAGGAAAGAUGGAGUGUGUGGGCUGUUGACAAGAGGAAAGAGGGAGACCAGAGGAGAGAGGGAUGAGGAGGGUGAGGAAGGACAUGAUGAUGGUGAGAUCUGGAGGAAAGAGGCGAUGAAAACCCUGUGCAAUGUCAUCUACAACAGCCCGAAAGCACAAGAGAGAGCCAGCACACUGAGGUUACUUCAUGGCCUAUCAGUGAGAAUUAAAGAUGGGAUACAUUCCUCAUCACCUCCAAGCGGUCAAUUUUAUGAACUGCGGCUUCUGUUUUUGUUGACUGCUUUACGGCCUGAGCUCAGGAUUGAACUCUGCCAGGAGCGUGGUGUGUCCAUGCUGACCGCAGCUCUGGAACAGUGUUUAGACGUGAUCUGGGGUGAAACACACGAAGUGCUGACUGACCUGACAGCUCCACCUUUGUGUAAGGAACUUUCUCAGCGAGCCCUGGAGAUCCUGAAGACCCUGUUCAACAUCACCUACAGUGUGCACAGACAGGACCUAGACGAGGAGGCUGCAGCUUUGUACCGUCGCCUAGCUGCAGUCCUGCGUCACUGCCUGCUCGUGCCCUGUGAGGGAGAGGACAGAAAAGAGGAGCUGCAAGGACACACAGUGAAUGUGCUCUCAGCGCUCCCUCUGCAGUGCCUGGAUGUCCUGCUUUCUGUUCGCCUGUCUGAAGGUUCAGAGGAGUCUGGUGGUGUCAACAUGGACUGUGUCCACACUUUGCUGCUCUUCAUGGAGAAAAGACUGGACAGAGGCCACAAGCUGAAGGAAAAGCUUACUCCAGUGUUAAACCUGUUGACAGAAAGCAGCAAAGCACACAGGGAAACCAGGCACUAUCUCCGGCAGCAGAUCCUGCCUCCACUGAGAGACGUUGAGCUGAGGCCUGAGCAGGGGAACACACUGAGAAGCAGACUAGUGAGACUAAUGACCCAUGUCGACACUGAUAUCAAGCACUGUGCAGCUGAGCUUCUCUUUGUGCUAUGCAAAGAAAAUGUGAGCAGGUUUGUGAAGUACACUGGUUACGGUAAUGCAGCUGGACUGUUGGCAGCACGGGGUCUUUUGAACGGCCGUGGCUCUUCUCCUCAACCACAGUACUCCAGUGACUCUGACUCAGACACGGAGGAGUACAGACAGGCCCGGGACAGGAUUAACCCUGUAACGGGACGGGUGGAGGAGGAACAGCCUGAUCCAAUGGAAGGGAUGACUGAAGAAGAGAAAGAGGCAGAGGCGCUCAGACUCAUAAAUAUGUUCAACAGGCUGUCACGGGGCAAGAUCAUUCAGCCGAUGGGAGUGACCACUGACGGCAAACUAGCGCCGCUGUGUGGCCAGACGAGACACAGCGCUGUGCAGGAGGAGGAGGAGGAAGAUGAGGAAGAUGAUGAUUGUAGUGAGACAGAGCAGUAAGGAAGGAGUGGAUGUCAAGAUGAUGAUUAAUAAGAGGCAAGAUAUUUUAUACUCAUAACAAAUAUAGUGACAAAACAUGAUAGUGGAGCAAACUAUAUCUUAUGAAAAUGUUCAGAAUAUGUAAUGUGAAAAAAUGAAGCUCUCUAUGAUGCGAUUAAAAUAAGGAUAAAAGUAAUUUAUAUUAUAGCAGAGAAUGUGAUUUAUUUGUUAUUACUCAUAAGCUAGAAACAGUCAAUUAGGAAGCUACUCAAAAGCAAAGGAGAAAGAAAGAGACAAAGAGCGAAAUGGGCAUCACACCAAAGACAGACAAACACUCCUGGAAAAUGCUGCUGCUGUUGCCAUGGUAAUGUUACCAUGGUAACAACAGGAAAUGCAGUUCUACGGCUUCUUUUUUUUUCCCUGGCGCUCCAGCAGGAGUGGAAUGUUUACCUUGAAGAACUGCUGAGGCUGGUCUGACACUCUUGAAUGCUGGCACCCUACACCGAGAAUCAUGAAAAAUCAUGAAAAUAAUGUCAUUAUUCAACUCCUCAGAGAAACGCUUUCAUUUGCAGAGUGAUUAGUCAGCACUGGGAACUUUUGAACAUGAUUACAGUGUUCAGAGCAGGUUGCUUGGCUGUACUGCUUGAUUUCCAGUGCAUUCUCUCCAUUCAUACACAUCUUAAAUGCAAAAUAGCAGCUUGUACACUAAGAACAAAUAAACAAUAAAGAAAGAUCCAAGG